AUGCACCCUCAAAGCUCAACAGAUUCGGUAUUAUUAUCUCAGCGUUCAGUAUUAUUCUCUCCCCUAUCUACAACUAGUUCGCUUAUAACAUCACGCUCAGUGGAAUUUGCAAUGGAAAAAGUGUUUCAUGCAAUGGAAAUGGGUCAUAACGUUUACAAACUUCUGUUGAUGAAACGACGGGAUCCAGCACAAAAAAGGUUGACUUAUAACCGUGAGACAAGGCAGCUGUUUUUGUCAAAGCUAGAUAAUUCUGACAAGGUUAAAAUUCAUGCUAAAGAUUUUUUGUGUGCUUCAUGGAGUAGCAGUAAAACUCUGCGAUUAGAUUUACGAGUAGUGAAGGAAGUGCAUACACUUGAUUAUAAACUAAGAAAGAUCAAAAUCGGCGACAAGUGGGAAAAGGACAAAGAAUUCAAACAGUUUGAUGCAGCUAGAAUAUUAGUUCUAAGUUAUGCGACGAGUUUCAAUUUGCGGUAUUGGAUUUUGUUAUUCGAUACGGAAGAGUUAUGUCGAAUGUGGUGUCAGGGUGUUCACCACUUGAUGCUGGAUACAAUUUCUGCUUGUCAUGCACUUCUCGUGGAACGAUGGCUCAGGAAAGAGUUCUAUAAUAUUGCUGGUUAUGGUCUCGAAAACCCUUGCGUAGCGAUGAAACACAUGAAGCCUUUCGUGCAUACUAGUUUGCAGUAUAAGGUACAAUCAAAACAAUUGCAAGAAGACAUAAUGUAUUAUGAUACUUUCGCAAUUGCUUAUCGCAAACUUUUGCAUUCUAAUUCUCUUUUCGCAGAACAUUUUGCAGCUUACUCGGAUGAUGCGGCUGUUGUCAGCUUCAACAAUUUCCUGCGGUUUCACAAGGAUAAACAAAAUGAUGAAAUAGGGAUGAUGCGCGAAAGAGCCAGUGAUUUUCUUAGGCAUUUCUUAAGGGAAUGGGAUCCAUAUAGAGAUGUUCCUGAACCAACCCUUAGCGUGACUGAAUUUUGCGACUUCCUCUUCUCUCGCGAAAAUUCACUAUGGGAUUCUGUUAACGAGAAUGUUAUACAUGACAUGAAUCGACCACUAAGUCACUACUGGAUUGCUUCAUCACACAACACAUAUCUUACCGGUGAUCAACUCAAGAGUGAAUCCUCGUUGGAUACGUAUGCUCGAGCUUUGCUUAUGGGCUGUAGAUGUGUUGAACUCGACUGCUGGGAUGGACAAAAGAGAAGUUCAGGUGAAAUACAAGAUAUUGUUAUUUACCAUGGUUACACAAUGACUAGUAAAAUCAAUUUGCGCGAUGUGCUUUACACCAUUCGUCAUUACGCUUUUAUUAACAGCGAGUUUCCAGUGAUUCUCUCGAUUGAAGACAAUUGUUCAGUACCGGUACAACGGUUGCUUGCUCGUGAAAUUAGAGAAAUUCUUGGUAAUUAUUUACUCACAGCUCCAGUUAGUCGUGAAGAAACUUGUUUACCAUCUCCGGCAGCUCUGAAGCGAAAAAUUAUCUUGAAGCAUAAGAAACUGCCGACGGAAAGUGAAAAUAUUGCUUCACAGCAAACUGAUGAGGAUCAAGAACAGGAUUUACUUUCACUGAAUUUUACUCGGCAAGGAAUUCUGUCAUUGAAAAGUGGUGUAAACGAUGAAUGGACAACUCACUUAUUUGUAUUGUUUCCGGAUCGUUUGUGUUAUAUGCUGGAACAGUGCGAAAGUAAUUUCAAUAAUCAGGGGAUUCUGAGACGUCAAGAUUCACUGGGGAACGCACAGGAUGAUGAAAAUCAGGAUGGUUUGACAAACUUGACAGGUUUCGUUGUACCUCAAGAAGAAAUGCAUGUUACAGAAGAAUGGUUUCAUGGCAAAACAGAUCGAGAUACAGCAAGAAUGCGUCUUUUGGAACACAAAGAUAAAGGCAAUGGUCUUUUUUUGGUUCGCGAUUCAACUAUUUUCAUUGGCGACUACUCCUUAUCGUUUCUGCAUAAUGAGAAAGUACAUCACUGUCGAAUACGCACCAGGAUGGUGAAUGGUGAAAGAAAAUAUUAUUUUUUGGAAAAUAAGCAAAUGGAUACACUUUAUGAGCUUAUAUCGCACUAUACGAAGGAAAGAUUGAGGACACCGAAUUUUAGCACAACACUGGUCACUCCAUGUCCGCAGCCUUGUCCUCAUCUCGGAAUGAUAUGGUUUUGUGAGAAAACAGAUAGAAAUCGUGCCGAAGAACUUCUGAACACGGUUCAACAAGAUGGGGCUUUCUUGCUGCGCUUCAGUUCUACUGAUAAAAAUGUUUUCGUGCUUUCUCUAAGAGUUGACGGCGAAAUAUGGCAUUACCAUUUGAAACGUGAUGGUCGAAUUUUUGUUGUCAACCAGACACUUUUCGAGAAUUUGAAUCAAAUAGUUGAAUUUUAUUCAACAAGAGAAUUCGUUCAUGGAAUAUGUCUGAAAUAUCCCGUGGGUGAGAAUACUAUUACUGAUUCUACAGGUGCAUGGUUUAGUGCAGAUCGAGCACCUGGUUGUUAUAUGGAACUCAAGGACAUUGAUAAAGAGAUAUUGGUUCGGGCUAUUGAGCCGUACAAUGGAUCUCUUCCCAGCGAGCUUUCAUUCCCUAUAAAUGCAGUGAUAAGAGUAUUCAGAAAAGACGGUGAUCGCUGGCGUGGCAAAUAUGGCAUUCAUUCAGGUUUCUUUCCUUCUCGAUGCGUUAUUGAACUGGAAAAUUCUGAUAAUAUGUCGAAUGAAUUGAGCGUUUAUGCAGCAAUCGAUUUGGCUGAUUCUUUGAUUGAAGAAGUACCGUUUGAAGUUGCUGGUCGACCGUUUGCAUUUAAAAUUAGACGUGUUUCAGCGCACUGGAAUCCAAGCGAAUAUGUUUUGGCAGCUAAUUCAAAUGAAGAUCGUGAAGACUGGUUAAAUAUUCUGCACGAGCUGACUAGAACAGCUACGGAUCGCAAUACCUUGAUACGUACACGAGAAAAGAAUUUGCGAAUAGCUUCUGAAUUGUCUGAUUUGGUGGUUUACUGCCAGGCUGUCCCUUUCAAUUCACAAUUCGCAACACAAGGCAAUUUCUAUGAGAUGUGCUCGUUCAGUGAAACAAAAUUCGAGAAACUGAUGGAACGAGGUUUAGUUCAGUUUAAUUCUCGUCAGUUGUCACGUGUUUAUCCGCAAGGUUCACGUGUUACUUCUGCAAAUUAUGAUCCGGUACCGAUGUGGAAUGCCGCAUGCCAUAUGGUUGCACUGAAUUACCAAACUGGCGAUAGGUCGAUGCAGCUAAAUCAGGGUAAAUUUAUGGCAAAUGGUCAGUGUGGAUAUGUGCUGAAACCAUCUUAUAUGAUCGAUGAAAUGUUUUCUCCAGAUGCUGCCGAAGUAGUGUCUACCUCUUGUCCAAUCAUUCUUACUGUUCAUGUAAUAGCAGGACAGCAUUUGUCAAGGAAAGAUAGAAAUCGAGGUAUCUGUUCUCCAGUUGUUACUGUAGAAAUUGUCGGUUUGCCGGCUGAUUCAUCCACUAUUCGAACACGAGCUAUUGCUUCCAAUGGCCUGAAUCCUGUUUGGAAUGAGAAAUUCAGCUUCAAAGUUUACUGUCCAGAAAUAGCUUUACUUCGCUUAUAUGUUGAAGAUGGUGAUUUUAUGGGACCCAAAAUGGAUCCAUUUAUUGGACAGGCUGUGUAUCCACUUGACUGCAUUCGCACUGGUUUUCGAUCUGUGCCACUUCGUAAUCAGUAUGGCGAAGAAUUGGAAUUGUCAUCGUUACUCGUUUAUCUCGAUAUGCGCGAUCAAAGUAAUGAAGCAGAAGUUCUAAAUCCACACGUUGCUUUGCAGGCUGGCCGAUGUUUUGCCGGUGGAUUGCAUAAAACGUUAUCAUCAUCUGGUAUAUUUUGGGCACGAUUGAAUUCAGCCGAUCAGAGUGAUUUCAAACCACCACUGUCACCCAAUAUAUCAGCUGCAAAACACAUUCCAGUUCCGAUGGAUUUAACAUCCUUAGAGUAA